AUGGCCUCCACUCUUACCACCUCCAACGGAAACCCCGUCGAGGACAACCAGAACUCCAUCACCGCCGGUCAGUACGGCCCUAUCCUUCUUCAGGAUUUCGCUUUGAUUGACAAGUUGUCCCACUUUGACCGUGAGCGUAUCCCCGAGCGUGUUGUCCACGCCAAGGGAGCUGGAGCCCACGGUUACUUUGAGGUUACCCACGACAUCUCCAAGUUCACCAAGGCCAAGUUCUUGAACCGCGUCGGCAAGCGCACGCCUCUCUUCACCCGUUUCUCGACCGUCGGAGGUGAGAAGGGUUCGGCCGAUACUGCCCGCGAUCCCCGCGGUUUCGCCGUCAAGUUCUACACCGAGGAGGGUAACUGGGACAUGGUCGGAAACAACACCCCUGUUUUCUUUAUCCGUGACCCCAUCAAGUUCCCCGACUUCAUCCACACCCAGAAGCGCAACCCCCAGACCAACUGCGGUGAUCCCGAUGCCUUCUGGGACUUCAUCUCCCUCGUCCCCGAGACCCUUCACCAGGUCGCCAUCCUCUUCUCCAACCGCGGUACUCCCGAUGGUUACCGUCACAUGCACGGCUUCUCCUCCCACACCUUGAAGCUCGUCAACGAGGCCGGCGAGUCCCACUUCGUCAAGUGGCACUUCAAGUGCGACCAGGGUAUCAAGAACUUCAAGGCCGCCGAGGCUGCCAAGCUCGCCUCCUCCGAGCCCGACUACGCCACCGCCGAUCUCUUCAACGCCAUCGCCAAGGGUGACUUCCCCUCCUGGUCCGUCCACGUCCAGGUCAUGACCACCAAGGAGGCCGCCACCUACCGCUGGAACCCCUUCGAUGUCACCAAGGUCUGGUCCCAGAAGGACUACCCUUUGAUCCCCGUCGGAAAGAUGGUCCUCAACCGCAACCCCGACAACUACUUUGCCGAGGUCGAGCAGGCCGCCUUCUCGCCCUCGCACAUGGUUCCCGGUAUCGAGGCCUCAACCGACCGCAUGCUCCAGGGACGUCUCUUCUCCUACCCCGAUACCCACCGUCACCGCCUCGGUACCAACUACCAGCAGAUUCCCGUCAACGUUCCCUACAACGCUCGCAUUGCCAACCAACAGCGUGAUGGCCACAUGGCCGUCAACGGCAACGGAGGCUCUGCCCUCAACUACGAGCCCAGCUCUUUCGGAGGUGCCAAGCAGACUGCUGUCGCUUCGACUUACUCUUCCUUCGAGUUGAACGCCAUUGCUGCUCGCCACAUCAUCCAGCUCUCUGAUGAAGACUUUGUCCAGCCCGGUAACCUUUACCGCCUCUUGUCUGCCGAGGAAAAGUCUGACUUGAUCGACAACAUGGCCGGCCACUUGAAGAACGCCAAGGUCUUCCUCCAGGAACGCCAGGUCGGACACAUCAAGCGUGCCGACAAGGAGUGGGGUUCCCGCCUCGAGGCCAAGCUCAAGGCCCUCCAGUCCAAGGCUUAA